AUGCUGGUCCGGCCUAAUGUCCUUCCUGCUCGCGCCCUCCGCGUAAUUCAAAGUUAUGGCGUAGACUGGGUACUUGCAGUUUCCAUCGCAUUAUUUGCCCUUUUCUUCCUGGAUCGAUUUCAACAUAUUCCCGAUUUCGACCUUACAGACACUUCAAUCCAACACAGUUUCGUUGCGAAGGAGGUCUUCUCUAAUAUGGCCCUCCUCUACAUUGUCAUCUCCUGCUACGUUCUGCUCGUCACUAGCAACUUGAUCCUCAGCAGGAAUAUGUGGGACUUGCACCAUGCUCUCCUGGGUUUGACCGUUGCUUUCGCGGUCACCGGGACUACUGUGCAAAUUGUGAAGAUAACAGUAGGACGUCCGCGGCCAGAUUUUAUUGCUCGCUGUAAUCCGUUCUCAAACGCAACCAACAGUCAUCUAUUCGGUCUCGCAAAUGUCACUGGCGUGUGCCAAACUGCAGUCACCGACCCGCUCAUCAAGGACGGGAUGCGCAGUUUCUUCAGUGGACACUCAUGUCUGUCGUCGGCUGGUCUCAGCUAUAACAGUCUGUAUUUGGCCGGGAAAUUGCAGCUGUUCAACCAGAGAGGUUUUACGUUCAAACACUGGCUUGUUUUUUCUCCCCUGAUGCUUUCCAUCUGGGUUUGCAUUACUCGCAUAACAGACCAUCGGCACCACUUCGAGGACGUGACUCUAGGCUUUUUCUUCGGUCUACUUCCGGCGUAUAUCUUUUAUCGACAGUUCUACCCCCCGUUGGAAGACCCAAACUCGAAUCUUCCCUACCCACCACGACUUCCACCGAGUGGUCGUCGAACAUGGACACGAAAUGCAGGCUUUUUCGCACCACCAGGUACUGACGAUGAGCCAAUUCCGUUACUUCCCACCAGCAGACGGCCCAACAUACCCACACCGACAUCAAACCUUGGGAGCGUCGAAACCGAAUUGGCUGCGAGUGGACUAAUGACUACCCCAUUUGACCCAGCCAUUCGAUCGGACAUAAGCCACACGCCGUCGCCUCCCUUAUCUACCCAGCCGACAUAUACCGUACCUCAGUAG